CUUAUAUCAAAUGGAGACGAAUUUUAUGCAUAUGAUAGGAUUGAUAGGAACAAUCAUGAUAAUUAUGAUUCGUUCAAAAAAAUAAAAAAGUCAUUGUGGUCACUGGUCAGUGGAUCAGAGCUGCACUUUUAUGAUUUUUACUUUCUCUGAAGAUUGGAAUUUCUCUCAAAGAGAUUUAGAUAUUCGCAUGCUCACUACAACGAAAAGUUCCAGAGAUAUGGAAAAAAGAAAGUAUUCCUUCUGUGAAUUGAAAAUUAUCAAUGGCCAUAUGAGAGUGGGAGAACAAACUUCCACGGAGAACAGUGGCUUUGGAACUCAUAUGUAUGCCUCAUACGGAGCAUAUGAUAGUUCAAUGGUAUGUCUCAAGAUAGUUUGCACCUUUGGUGGAAAAGGUAGAAUUGCUAAGGGGCAAAUCGGCAAUCGGACGGUAAGUGACUCUAUGUCUCCAUCUUCUCUAACUGAGGGUGCCUGUUUAACACGUAUCACGCGGUGACUGGUUGCUUGUCGGCCAUCGGACGGUCAGCGCACGGCGGCUGAGCAACUUUUAGCCUCUAGCCGAGUAGCCGAGUGGGCCAUUUCUAUCUUCGCCCGUAAGUUUGUUAAUGGUUAUUUUUUAGUUGUAUCGCAAUUUAUAUGCUCUUCGCCAUUGAGCUGUUUGCCUGUUUUACUGUUUAAAGGAUAAAUUACAACCUUAUUUCUAGAAUUCCAAAUUCAUAAUUUUCAGGGAGGGUUUGUUAAGUUUGUGUAACUGUUCCAGAGUAAAUUACAACUUUAUUAGGUUUUUUUAUUGUUUCCACUUUCCAGAAUUCCAG